AUGAUGGCGGCCGGUGUUGGCGCGGCGCUGGCGCUGCUGCUGCUGGUUCUGGUCCCGGUCCUGGUCAGCUCCGCCGGCGGCCCGGCCCGCUACGAGAUGCUCGGAGCCUGUCAGAUGGUUUGCGACUCCCACGGGACCACGGCCACCUCGAAGACGAGCAACACCAUCAAGGACAGCCGCUUGGUGCAGUCCUUGCCCACGCUGAUCCAGGGUCCCAAAGGGGAGCCGGGGCGCACGGGUCGAACGGGUCCAAAGGGCUCGAGCGGUCAGCCGGGGCCACCCGGACCCGCUGGUCCCCAGGGUGAGAGAGGAGAAGCGGGCCCUAAGGGUUUACCCGGACCGCCCGGAGCCAGCGGCCCCGCCGGUGCCAUCAGCGCGGCCACCUACAACACCGUCCCAAAGAUCGCGUUUUACGCGGGGCUGAAAAAGCAACACGAGGGUUACGAAGUGCUGAAAUUCGACGACGUGGUGACCAACCUGGGGAACCACUAUGACCCGUCCACAGGGAAAUUCACCUGCUCCAUACCGGGGAUUUACUUUUUUAUCUACCAUGUGCUGAUGCGCGGCGGGGACGGCACAAGUAUGUGGGCUGAUCUUUGUAAAAACAACCAGGUCAGAGCCAGCGCUAUUGCGCAGGACGCCGACCAAAACUACGACUACGCCAGUAACAGCGUGGUCCUCCAUCUGGAGCCUGGAGACGAGAUUUACAUCAAGUUGGACGGCGGCAAGGCGCACGGAGGGAACAACAACAAGUACAGCACGUUUUCCGGCUUCAUGGUGUACGCCGACUGA